CGCGUCUGUGACGUCGCAUCGGCGCCGUCCGGAAGUGCGCGCGGCGGCAACGGCGGCAGCGGGCGGAUGUGUGGUUGGUGACGUCCCCAGAUGCUGAGGCGCCUGCACCCCUCGCGGCCCCUGCUUCACUGUGGUUGGAGGAGACUCUGCCUUCUGAAGCAGAGUCUGUUUACAAUGAAGGUGCAGUCUCCGGAAUUCCAGUCCCUUUUCACAGAAGGACUGAAGGAUCUGACAGAACUGUUCGUCAAGGAGAACCACGAAUUGCGCAUAGCGGGAGGAGCGGUGCGGGAUCUGUUAAGCGGAGUGAAGCCGCAGGACGUGGACUUCGCCACCACGGCCACCCCUGCCCAGAUGAAGGGCCUGUUUCAGGCGGCGGGCGUGCGCAUGAUCAACAACAAGGGGGAGAAGCACGGCACCAUCACUGCCCGGCUUCAUGAAGAAAACUUUGAAAUCACCACACUGCGGAUUGAUGUCGUCACUGAUGGAAGACAUGCUGAGGUGGAAUUCACAACUGACUGGCAGAAAGAUGCUGAACGCAGAGAUCUCACCAUAAAUUCUAUGUUUUUAGGUUUUGAUGGUACUUUAUUUGACUACUUUAAUGGUUAUGAAGAUUUAAAAAAUAAGAAAGUGAGAUUUGUUGGACAUGCUAAACAAAGAAUACAAGAAGAUUAUCUUAGAAUUUUAAGAUAUUUCAGGUUUUAUGGGAAAAUUGUAGACAAGCCUGGUGACCACGAUCCUGAGACGCUGGAAGCAAUUGCAGAAAAUGCACAAGGCUUGGCUGGAAUAUCAGGAGAGAGGAUCUGGGUCGAGCUGAAAAAAAUUCUGGUUGGUAACCAUGCAAAUCAUUUGAUCAACCUCAUCUAUGACCUGGACGUGGCCCCGUACAUAGGCUUACCUGCUAAUGGAAGUUUGGAAGAAUUUAACAAAGUCAGUAAAAAUGUUGAAGGUUUUUCACCAAAGCCAAUGACUCUGUUGGCCUCAUUAUUCAAAGUACAAGAUGAUGUCACAAAAUUGGAUUUGCGGUUGAAGAUUUCGAAAGAAGAGAAAAACCUUGGUUUGUUUCUAGUUAAACACAGGAGAGAUCUGGUUAAAGCAGUGGACAGUUCGGAGCCGCUGAAGCCCUAUCAAGACUUCGUUAUAGACUGCAGGGACCCUGAUGCCAGCACGCGCGUGUGCGAGCUCCUCAAGUACCAAGGUGAGCACGACCUCCUCAAGGACAUGCAGCAGUGGUCUGUCCCCCCGUUCCCUGUGAGUGGCCACGACAUCAGAAAAGUGGGCAUUUCUUCGGGAAAAGAAAUCGGAGCUCUACUGCAGCAGUUGCGAGAACAGUGGAAGAAAAGUGGUUACCUGAUGGAAAAAGACGAACUUCUGGGUUACAUAAAGAAGCCCCAAAGUCCAUGAGAGCUGGCAGCACGGGCAGGACCUUUUUGGUAAGGCUGGCUUUUCCCCUCCCCCUUAGUGAGAUUUAAGACUUGAAUAUAUAGCAGACUGAAAUCCAGCUUAGAGGACGACUUCAGAAAUGUAUGCGAGAUGACGUUUCAUUACAUUUUCGAUACUAAACUGAAGGCUACCGCCUCUGCCUCUGGUUUGUAUCACUGAACCUUGUAAUUUUUGUGGACCAGUUGUGAGAUGAGCCGAGUUGGCUUCACCCAUCUGUUUGUGUGACUGUGUGUGUGCACGUGCGCGCACGCAUAGGGCAGUUGUAACACUGAUCUCAAAAUGCAGUAACUUUUGAAGAAAAACUAUUUCUUGGUGUUUGAAUUGAAUUCAUUGGGUUAAUUUAUACAAUUGUCUGUAUUAGUUCUUAUUUGAAUUCCAGAAUAAACUUGUACUUGAAAACAA